AUGUUGUCAAUCGCCAGUGUCACUUGGUUGGACUUACUAUGCCUUACUGGUGUCGGAGUCUAUCUGGUAAAGCAGGUGGUCAUCAAGAAGAAUCCUGCACCAUAUCCACCUGGUCCCCGGGGAUGGCCUCUCAUUGGCAAUGUUUUAGAUAUGCCUCGCAUCAAGCCAUGGCUCACAUUUACUGAGUGGGGUCAGAAGUAUGGUAAUAUCACGCAUAUCGAGGUUCUGGGUCGGCACAUUUUUGUGUUAAACUCUAUCAAGACUGCAUUGGAAAUGAUGGACAGUAAAAGCACUUUGUAUUCUGACCGUCCUGUUGUUCCUAUGGCUGGCGAACUUGUUGGAUGGAAGGACUCUAUGCCUUUCCUUCCUCAUGGUGACCGUUUUCGCCAGCAACGCAAGAACUUACGUCGAGUCAUCGGCAGUCGCACCGCAGUGGACGUAUACAGCGAGAUCGAGGAGGUUGAGACUCGUCGAUUCCUGAAGCGUGUGCUUGCGAAUCCCGAAAAACUGCAGGAACAUGUCCGACACACUGCUGGCGCGAUCAUUUUGCGCAUCUCUCAUGGUUACGAAGUGAAAGAGAACAAUGAUCCCUUCGUUGACCUUGCAGACCGCGUUGUAGUCAAUGGCUCGCAAGCCGCAGCUCCCGGUGCAUAUAUGGUUGAUAUUUUACCAUUCUUGGCAAAGGCUCCCGUGUGGUUCCCCGGUGCUGGCUUCAAGCGCACAGCACGUAAAUGGCGUGAGACCCUCGAAGAGAUGGUUUUCUGCACCCCACAAGUUGCUGGCACCGCCCCUGUGUCUUUGACCUCGAAUCUCUUACAAGGCAGUGAUGUGUCUGCGGAAGAGGACCAUGCCGUGAAGUGGUCUGCUUUUAACCUGUACGCCGGUGGUUCCGACACGACUGUUUCUGCAAUAUAUUCGCUUUUUCUGGCUAUGACACUUUUUCCUGAUGUGCAGAAGAAAGCCCAGGCUGAGAUAGAUGCGGUUGUCGGUCCUGAUCGUCUUCCCACCUUCGCCGACCGCGACUCCCUCCCCUACGCUGAGGCGCUUGUCAAAGAAGUUCUCCGCUGGAACGUUGUCGUUCCCACCGGUUUUCCCCACCGUGUAACUGAGGACGAUAUCCAUGAUGGGUACUAUAUUCCAAAAGGCUCCUUAGUGAUGCCUAACAUUUGGUUCAUGCUCAACAAUCCACGGACAUAUGCUAAUCCCGAGCAAUUCAAUCCUGAACGCUUCUUGGCUAAGAAUGGAAAGGAACCUGAGAUGGAGCCUCGCACAGCCUGCUUCGGCUUUGGUAGACGUAUUUGCCCAGGUCUCCACCUUGCUGAUGCUUCCAUUUGGAUAUCCACUGCGAUGACAUUGGCCGUGUUUGAUAUUUCAAAGGUCGUCGAGAAUGGUGUUGAGAUCACCCCCCGAGGUUGAACCCUUACCAGGUACGAUCAGGUAUGUCGCAUAUCUUGUCACGUCCGGUGCUGGUCUGGAUUGAUACACUCCAAGCCACCCCAAGCCCUUCAAGUGUUCUAUCAAGCCCCGCUCUGCAACUGCUCUUGGGCUCAUUGAACAAGAGGCUAACUACUAAGCUCAUGAUGGUGAGACUGGAGAAACACGCGGGGAUUACACACUUAGCAUGCGUU